UGGGCGGGAAGAAGCGCGCAACUAGGAAGUGAAACUGCUUCCCGUGUUUGGUUCGUUACUGGACGGAAUUUUAUAUUUGAGCCCCGGGACGGAGUAGAAGAACGAACUGGGCAGAACCGGAAAUGCAGCCUGUGCGGAAACGCCGCGGCAUCACUUUAAACAGGACAACACAAAAUAGCAGCCCUGCGAAGGAAAAGGUGGCUCAGAAGAAAGGCCUGGGACUGGGUUUUCACAGUGAUCUGUGGUUCUAUCUGACUCUGCAGAACUGGAUCUUGGACUUUGGGAGGCCUAUUGCUAUGAUCAUCCUUCCUCUGGAGUGGUUUCCUCUGAACAAGCCCAGCGCUGGAGACUAUUUUCACAUGGCCUACAAUGUCCUAACACCGUUCCUGAUGCUCAAGCUGAUUGAGCGCAGUCCCAGGGCGCUGCCUCGCUCCGCCGUCUACCUCUGCAUCAUCACCUUUGUCAUGGGAGCCAGCAUCCACCUGGUGGGAGACUCCAUCAACCACCGGCUCAUCCUGAGUGGAUACCAGCUGCACCUGUCAGUGAGGGAGAACCCCAUCAUCAAAGACCUCAAACCAGCUUCACUGAUUGACUCCUUUGAGCUGCUGUAUUAUUAUGAUGAACAUCUGGGACAUUUAAUGUGGUACAUUCCCUUUUUCAUCAUUCUGUUCAUCUACUUCACUGGCUGUUUCACUGCAGCAAAAGAGCAGAGAAAGAUUCCCGUUUCUGGUUGGCUUUUACUGGGACCCAGCGCCAUCUAUUACUGGUACUUAGUCACUGAAGGACAAAUCACAGAACUGUUCCUGCUCACCUUCCUUGCCAUGGUUGCCAUGGUUAUCCAUCAACGCCUUAAAGGCCUCAGCCCCGACAGCAAUGGCCUGUUCCUGUUGUGGAGUUUCGGUCUUGCUUUGCUCCUCGUGGUUCUGUGGGUAGUGUAUCUGUGGAAGGAUCAAGUGCUGCGCAACAAGUACCCCGGGCUGAUUUACGUGCCCGAGCCCUGGGCCUUUUACACUUUACAUAUGAAGGAAAGCCACUGACUCACAUCUGCCCGGCCCUUAAUAGAAGAAGCUUACGCAGCUUUUCUUAUGGCUUGACCCAAAAAUGAAGACGAGCCUUACUGUCUGACACAAGGUUCUGCUGACCUCAUCCACAUAUUCAGGCAGGAAUUAGUCAGUUCUUUAUGUUCUUCUGUUCUGAUAUUGUGCAUGUAGUUAUAGUAAUAUACAAUAUUUCUUACUUAAAUUAAAAAAGUGAUUCUGUUUUUUAGAAACAGAAUCAGUUGUACAUUCUGAGUGUGCAGUUAUGUCUUAAUGGAACAUUGUGAUAAAUAUUUUGUAAGGUUUUGUUAAUGUGAUGCUUGGAAAUGACUGUAAAGAAUUAAAGUGCUGCUAAUAUUC